UGUUUGGUCAUUGUUGCAUAAUUGUGCGUCUUUACACUGAGAAAUGAGAAUUAGUAGCCUAUAAUUGGACGAAAGCGUCCAUUGUUGUCCUCAUUGCCUGCUCUUUCUGAGUCUGACUGUUCAAAAGAACCGAUUCGCCAAAGCAAAUCUGAGGCGGACUUCAUAUUGUUAUUUACAGUUGUAACAGUUUCCAGAACUUUCAUAUAUUAACUGCACUAUACCUGUUCAGUUAUGCUCUUUAAAUAAACUAAGACAUGCCUUAUCAAGUCAAUAACUUGCCCUGUUGCCCAGCACAAGACACGUGCAAGAGGGAGGUGCGUGCGCGAGAUACUCUAUAAAUGCCACACAAAGAAACUUACGGUGCAAACCACACAUUUCACUGCUCUCGUGCAUUGUUAUACCAUAUCAGUUGAUCUAUUAUCUAUAAAAUCAUCUGUGACUACAAAUGCCGCGUCCGGCUUUCGAUUAAGUUCUUUGAAAUUAAUUCCGAUGAGGACAUGAUGCGCGUGACAGACAUUGCUCUCAUUCUGAUUUUCGCCUGUAUCGUGCAACAAUUCGUACAGGUGAACAGCCUGAGAGAUAGAGGGAGGAGAGCACAGACAGAUAGGAAGGGGAGGGUAAGAGGUCAACGGAAUGAAAGUGGCCUAAAAGGGAGAUUCUCGCUGAAGGAUGGAGCGCGGUGCUCGUGGCUCGCUGCGCGCGUGGGUGAUGCGUUUGAAUUGGGAGUCACCUGCAAAAACGGGGCAAAGACUUUCGGCUGCGAAUAUGAAGCAAAGCCCGCAACCUGUCAGCAAUACGCAUCCAAUACCAAAGCUUAUUGGAAACAGAUCGCCCGUUCGCUGAAAAAGCAGAAGAGAUUGUGUCGCGACUCUACGGCGAUGGUCAAAGCCGGUAUGUGCAGGAGCGCGCCCGCGGAUGCGCACUUCAGACUGAAGGACGCGCGUCCCUCCUCCAGAGUCCCGUUACCGACGCCCGCGGGGAAUAACCACUGUCCUGACCGGAUCGAGAGACUGAAAGUGGCCGAGGAAUACUGCAGCAGCUCCUGGUCUUCACUGUGUACAUUUUUCUUCUUGAUGCUUGAGAAUGAUGAAUGCUCAUGAUUGACUUUGAAAGAACUUUUUUCAAGGCCAUUUUUUUAUAUUCCAUUGAUAUACUUCUAUAUGUAGGGUGAAUUCAGGGUGAUUGGGACACUUUUUCACCCUGAGUUCACCAUAUUUAUGAGAAUAAAGUUUUGUAAAUGUUUCUCGAAAUCAGUUCUGCUAUAUAAUGUUUUGGUAUGUCUUACAAUUGGGAAUAAAAAUGACAUUUUCUGACUGUUUUAA